AUGAAAGCCCUGUACAGAAGCUCUCUCUUUCUUGUCUUUCUCAUUUUCUACUUCACCGUCCACUUUCUAGCCAGAGCUUCUUCUGCACUUCCCACCAGAGACCCAACCCAGCAACUCCUUAGCUUCAAAGCCUCUCUCCCCAACCCAUCCCUCCUCCCCAACUGGCUCCCCAACCAAACUCCCUGUUCCUUCACCGGUGUCACCUGCAACCAGACCCACCUCACUUCCAUAGACCUCAGCUCCGUCCCUCUCAGCACCAACCUUUCCAUUGUGGCCACCUACCUCCUCACCCUCGACCACCUCCAAUCCCUCUCCCUCAAAUCCACCAACCUCACUGGUCCUGCCACCGUUCCUCUCUCGCAUUCCAAGUGUGCCUCCUCCCUAACCACCAUAGAUCUGUCCCAGAACAUCCUCUCCGGCUCCCUCAACGACAUGUCGUUUUUAGCUUCCUGUUCAAACCUUCAAUCUCUCAACCUGUCUAGUAACUUCCUGGAAUUCGACUCCUCACACUGGAAACUCAACCUCCGUGUCGCCGACCUCUCCUACAACAAGAUUUCUGGUCCUGGUGUUGUGCAGUGGCUUCUCAACCCCGAUGUCGAACACCUGGCGCUCAAAGGUAACAAAAUCACAGGAGAAACGGAUUUCUCGGGUUCUACUUCUCUGCAGUACUUGGACCUUUCCUCCAACAACUUCUCUGUGGCUAUUCCUUCCUUGGGCGACUGUUCCUCACUGGAAUACUUGGACCUCUCUGCCAACAAAUAUUUUGGCGACAUUGCAAGCACUCUUUCCCCUUGCAAGAGACUUGUCUACCUUAAUGUCUCCAGUAACCAGUUCUUCGGUUCGGUUCCUUCCCUCCCCCUGGGUUCUCUCCAGUUUGUGUACCUCGCAGCCAACAACUUUCGUGGCCAGAUUCCUCCUGCACUCGCAGACCUCUGCUCCACUCUCCUCCAGCUGGAUCUCUCUUCCAACACUCUCACUGGUGUCCUCCCACGCGCCUUUGGUGCCUGCACUUCGCUCCAAUCCUUAGACAUCUCGACCAACCUCUUCUCCGGGGCGAUGCCGAUGGAGGUUCUGACUGAAAUGAGCAGCUUGCAGGAGCUUGCGGUGGCAUUCAACAAAUUCGGCGGUCCUUUCCCCACGUCGCUGUCGAGGCUUUCUAGUUUGGAAUUGCUGGAUCUGAGUUCCAACAACUUCAGCGGGCCAAUCCCUGGAACGCUGUGCGGAGAUGCUGGGAAUAACUUAAAGGAACUUUACCUGCAGAAUAAUCAGUUCACGGGUUUUAUUCCGCCCACGCUCAGCAACUGUUCCAACCUCGUUGCCUUGGACUUGAGCUUCAACUUCCUCUCGGGGACCAUCCCUCCAAGUCUGGGGUCUCUCUCCAAGCUUCGAGACUUGAUGAUCUGGCUCAACCAGCUCCAUGGAGAGAUUCCUCAGGAGCUGAUGUAUCUCAAUAGCCUCGAGAAUCUUAUCCUGGAUUUCAACGACUUGAGUGGGAACAUUCCCUCCGGCCUGGUUAACUGCACCAAGCUCAAUUGGAUCUCACUCUCCAACAACAGGCUCAGUGGCCAGAUACCCGCCUGGAUUGGGAAGCUUUCCAAUCUGGUCAUACUCAAGCUCAGCAAUAAUUCCUUCUCUGGCAGGAUUCCGGCCGAGCUUGGCGAUUGCACUAGCCUGAUAUGGUUGGAUCUGAAUACUAACUCACUCACUGGGCCCAUUCCGCCUGAGCUGUUCAAGCAAUCAGGGAAGAUAGCUGUGAAUUUCAUCAGUGGGAAGACAUAUGUGUAUAUAAAGAACGAUGGGAGUAAAGAGUGCCAUGGAGCUGGGAACUUGCUGGAGUUUGCGGGGAUCAGUCAGAAGCAGCUGAACAGGAUUUCUACCAAGAAUCCCUGCAAUUUCACUAGGGUUUAUGGGGGUAAGUUGCAGCCAACGUUUAACCAUAAUGGUUCUAUGAUAUUUUUGGAUAUAUCGCACAACAUGUUGUCAGGGAGUAUUCCGAAAGAAAUUGGGGCCAUGUACUAUUUGACCAUUCUCAAUCUGGGUCACAAUAAUGUAUCUGGGAGCAUUCCUCAGGAGCUUGGGAAGAUAAAGAAUCUCAACAUUCUUGAUCUCUCGAACAAUAGACUGGAAGGACAAAUCCCGCAGACCCUUACCGGGCUUUCCUUGCUCACUGAGAUUGACUUGUCCAACAACAUGCUUUCGGGGACUAUUCCUGAGACGGGUCAGUUUGAUACUUUCCCUGCGGCGAAGUUUCAGAACAACUCUGGUCUCUGUGGAGUUCCUCUUGCCCCGUGUGGGUCCGACCCGGCAAAUAGUGGGAGUGCACAGCAUAUGAAGUCUCACAGGAGGCAGGCUUCUCUGGCGGGGAGUGUUGCAAUGGGGUUGCUGUUCUCCCUCUUCUGCAUCUUUGGUUUGAUCAUAAUUGCCAUUGAGACCAGAAAGAGGCGGAAGAAGAAGGAGGCUGCUCUUGAGGCCUACGUGGACGGUCUUUCGCAUUCGGGUCCGGCCAAUGUGAGCUGGAAGCACACCAGUACCCGUGAAGCGCUUAGCAUAAAUCUUGCAACGUUUGAGAAGCCCCUUCGGAAGCUUACUUUCGCCGACCUUCUUGAUGCCACCAAUGGCUUUCACAACGACAGUCUCAUUGGCUCUGGUGGGUUUGGGGACGUGUACAAGGCUCAGUUGAAGGACGGAAGUGUUGUGGCCAUCAAGAAGCUAAUUCAUGUCAGCGGACAAGGGGACAGAGAGUUCACUGCUGAAAUGGAGACCAUUGGGAAAAUCAAGCACAGGAACCUUGUUCCCUUGCUGGGAUACUGCAAGGUUGGGGAGGAGAGGCUUUUGGUUUAUGAGUAUAUGAAAUACGGGAGCUUAGAGGAUGUUCUGCAUGAUCAGAAGAAAGCUGGGAUCAAGCUGAACUGGUCGAUUAGGAGGAAAAUUGCAAUUGGAGCUGCCAGGGGAUUGGCUUUUCUUCACCACAAUUGUAUCCCUCACAUCAUUCAUAGAGACAUGAAGUCGAGCAAUGUGUUGCUUGAUGAAAACCUGGAAGCCAGGGUGUCUGAUUUUGGGAUGGCUAGGCUUAUGAGUGCUAUGGAUACUCAUUUGAGUGUGAGCACACUGGCGGGCACCCCAGGGUAUGUCCCUCCCGAGUACUAUCAGAGCUUCAGAUGCUCCACCAAAGGUGAUGUCUACAGUUACGGAGUAGUUUUGCUUGAGCUGCUAACUGGGAAAAGGCCAACGGACUCGGCUGAUUUUGGUGACAAUAAUCUUGUUGGAUGGGUUAAACAACACGCGAAGCUGAAAAUAAGUGAUAUUUUUGACCCGGAGCUCAUGAAGGAAGACCCUAAUCUGGAGAUGGAGCUUUUGCAACACCUUAAGAUUGCGUGCUCCUGCUUGGAUGAUCGGCAAUGGAAGCGUCCCACGAUGAUUCAAGUAAUGGCAAUGUUCAAGGAGAUUCAGGCGGGAUCUGGAAUCGAUUCUCAGUCAACGAUAGCCACCGAAGAUGAAGGUUUCAAUGCCAUAGAAAUGGUGGAGAUGAGCAUUAAAGAAGCCCCUGAAUUGAGCAAGCAUUAA